UUAGUUAGAGUCGUCGUCGUGUUAUGACCUACUUAUCUGCUCUCUAUUUUGUUGUUAAUAAAAAGAAUGCAAGCCUAGCAUUAGCAGAUUUUUCCAUAACCUUCAUUUGAAAAAAAGAAAGAAAAAAAUAAUAAGAAAAUAAAUAAAAAGGAAAGAUAUGAACAAGAUAUUCAAUACAAUUGCAAAAUUUGAAGUGUAGUAUAAUAUAUGCAAGGAAACUACUAACCAAACAGUGUGUUUUUUCCAAUUCCAAAUUGACUUUAAUAUGAAAAAACCCAAUAAAUUCUGUUUUAUUUAUUUUAAAUAAAGUGCUUUAAGGAAGUGGACAUUAAUUAUUGUUAAGUCCGGUGAAAACUUUCUAUUUAUAUAAAAGAAAAAAUAAAAAUUCUAAAAAAAAAAACAAAACUGAUACCCUUGCGGAGAGAAAAAAUAUUAUUUUUUGUAGUCGUCCAUCUGCAAGGAUCUUUCAUCUUUAAUUUCCCUCAGUCCUCUGCCCUCCAUAGCGCAAUUCCGCGUGCAAUUAAUUAGUGCAGCAAGAAAGCGACCAGAAAACAAGGCAGAAUAUAUUCAAAAUACGGGCUCAACACUUAAAGAAUGUAGUACCACGAAAUAUAACUUAAUUGAGUGUCCUUUUUAUUUUUUUGUGCAAUUGAACUUUAUUGAAUUUAACCCUUAUUCCUAAUAUAUACGAUCCAAGCAUUAUCCAGCCGAACCUUUUUCACCCGUGGAUAUAUACCAAACAACAACCAUAAAUAAGUAGAACUCGUAAAUUUUUUUCACAGUUUAAACCAUGUGAUGGAUUUGUUGUGAGUGCAUGUAAAUGAGUAUCAAUUAUUAAGAGUAUUUGCUUUUUAGUGCUACAAAAGUGUACAAAUCUACCCAAGAACUACAUAAUAUCGUAAAAUUCGAGGCUAGUGAUCGGUAAGAUCGGUUUUUUUUUGGUCUAGUAAAUUUGUUUGUAGGUAGAAAAGCAUAUACAUGCGAUCAAUUAUGGCGGCGAAAAGUAAAGUAUUUACGAGCGGCUUUCUGCUGAUUGUAUUAUUAUUAAGAAUUUGUUCGGUAAAUUGUGUUAUUGAUCGUCUGGUAGUUCAAACUACGAGUGGGCCUGUACGGGGAAGAUCUAUAAUGGUGCAAGGGCGAGAAGUACACGUUUAUACUGGCAUACCAUACGCAAAGUCACCCGUAGAAGACCUCCGAUUUCGAAAACCCGUGCCCUCGGAACCUUGGCAUGGAGUGUUAGAUGCCACAAGAUUACCAGCAACAUGUGUUCAGGAGCGAUAUGAGUACUUUCCUGGAUUUUCUGGAGAGGAAAUUUGGAAUCCAAACACAAACGUGUCAGAAGACUGUUUGUACAUAAAUGUGUGGGCACCAGCAAAAGCUAGAAUUCGCCAUGGCCGAGGUACCAACGGUGCCGAGCAUGCAAGCAAACCUGAUGAACACAACCAAAAUCACCAGAAUUUUAGUGGGCUGCCCAUGCUUAUCUGGAUAUAUGGCGGUGGUUUUAUGACAGGCUCAGCUACACUCGAUAUAUACAAUGCUGACAUAAUGUCUGCCGUCGGAAAUGUUAUUGUGGCAUCCUUCCAAUACCGAGUUGGAGCUUUUGGAUUUUUACAUCUAGCACCAGAAAUGCCUGGCUAUGAAGAAGAAGCUCCUGGUAAUGUUGGCCUCUGGGAUCAGGCGCUUGCUAUCCGAUGGUUGAAAGAUAACGCCAAAGUCUUUGGUGGCAAUCCAGAUUGGCUAACACUCUUCGGUGAAUCAGCUGGAUCAAGUUCAGUAAAUGCGCAGCUUAUGUCACCGGUGACAAAGGGCAUUGUUAAAAGAGGUAUGAUGCAAUCGGGUACAAUGAAUGCUCCUUGGAGUCACAUGAGCUCCGAGAAAGCUGUUGAAAUAGGAAAGUCUUUGAUAAACGAUUGUAACUGCAACGUUUCUAUGUUGGCGGAAUCACCAUUAACUGUUAUGGCCUGCAUGAGGGCUGUUGAUGCUAAAACAAUUUCUGUCCAACAAUGGAAUUCAUAUUCGGGAAUUUUGAGUUUUCCCUCAGCCCCAACUGUAGAUGGAGCAUUUUUACCAGCCGAUCCAAUGACAUUACUUAAAACUGCUAACUUGGAAGGGUAUGACAUUAUGAUGGGCAAUGUUCGGGAUGAAGGAACAUACUUUCUGCUAUAUGAUUUCAUUGACUACUUUGAUAAAGAUGACGCUACAAACCUACCCCGAGACAAAUAUUUAGAGAUAAUGAAUACAAUAUUCAGUAAAGUCACGGAACAGGAAAGGGAGGCGAUUAUUUUUCAGUACACAAGCUGGGAUGGUGGAAAUCAAGGAUUUCAAAACCAGCAUCAGAUUGGACGAGCUGUUGGCGACCAUUUCUUUACUUGCCCUACAAAUGAGUAUGCACAAGCCUUGGCUGAGCGAGGUGCAUCAGUACAUUAUUACUUCUUUACACAUAGAACCAGCACUUCAUUGUGGGGCGAAUGGAUGGGCGUUUUGCAUGGAGAUGAAAUUGAAUACUUUUUCGGUCAGCCAUUAAACCAAUCGCUACAAUACAGACAAGUGGAACGCGAUUUAGGAAAACGGAUGUUGAAUUCAGUUAUUGAAUUUGCAAAAAGCGGGAACCCAUCAGUAGAUGGUGAAGAUUGGCCACUCUACAGUAAGGAAGAUCCAGUCUAUUAUAUUUUCGGGGCCGAGGAUGAAAAUAACAAGAAAACCGAAAAACUAGGACGUGGGCCGAUGGCAUCUAGAUGUGCUUUCUGGAAUGAAUAUCUGCCGAAAGUCCGCAGCUGGGCAGGUGCAUGCGAUGAUACUGAAAAAUUCAACAGGAUAUCAUCUUCAUCAGGAAUAAUUCUAGCAAACAACGGGAUCAUAAUAACUACGCUUAUAUUAACAAGUAUUAUUAGCUUUACAAAUUAAAAAAAAAAAAAACAAGUAAUUUAAAAUUAGUUUUAUAAAAAAAAAAAAAAAAAUGAAAUCAAACAUAUGAAAACACACCUUUACAAUGUAAAACAAAAUUAUAAACAAUUAUUAUAAAUAAGCAACAAGUUUAAAUGCUUUAAAUUAAAUAAAACUGUUGUAUUUUUUUAAGUAUAAAAGUUGUGAAAGGAAAUAUAAUAUAAAUGCAAAAGUUGUGAAUCUCACAUAAAACAAAAUAAAACAUUGAAAUCAUUUUGGCAAUGUAUCACUUUUUCCAAGAACACAAUAUAAAAUGGAAAAAUAAUUUAUAGACAAAAAAAUAAUAAUAAACUAAAAAAUAUAAUAAUAAAAAAAAAACAUACUUAAAUAGUAAAUUCAAUCGAAAUGAUUUUAGAAAAUAUAGAAAAGAUACCAAUGUAUUAAAAAAAAGUAGAGAACACAAAUAUGUACAAGCAAAACGAAUUAGAUCUUUAAAUUGUGGAUUGGAAUUUUUACAAUCAAAUAAGAAAUAAAAAAAAAGUAAAACAUUUAAUAGUAUUUAUUGAUAACAGCACAAUGAAUUAUUUAAUUUUAUUGAAAAAAAAAAAUAACAAAA